AUGUCAAAAUGAGCGGGCCAUUUUGAGACAGAUCAUGAAUCCUGGUACCCUAACCAAAAUCUUAAGGCACACCUGUAUUCAUAUCUGUGCAAAACAGCCAUCACAACACAUGUUAUCUGAUUUGUACAUGUUUAUUUUUGGCUCCCUGGAGGGUUUUAAAGGGAUUUUUUUAGGCUAUGGAUUUUGCCUCUCUGUCAGGAAGUGGAUGUGUACGACAAAGAAUAUAUUGAAUUAAAUUAUCAUUGAUUACUUGGAUGUUUCAAUUGUAACAACUUCCCAAGACACACCUUGACUUGCUUCAUGCCACACCUGUGUGCCUCGCCACACCAUCUGGGAACCACUGCCUUGUGCUAUGUAUUUUUUUUAAACCCUUCAGAGGGCUGUCACAAGAGACUGUCAGAGAAAACCUGCAGUGUAUUGUAGGGUUAAAGAGAUGUCACAUGGGUGUAUAAGAUUUGUGAAACAGUACAUUGCUGAGUGUUACUAGUGUAACUCAAUUGUGGAGUCUAACUAGUCUCCCACUCUUACAACAGCCACCCUCACAGUGAUGUUAUUUGUAGUACACUCCUAUGAUAUACCUGUUUGGUGAGUUCAGUUAAAAGCAAGCAGGUAAAAGAGCAGGUAUGUUAGAGGCCGAGCACAGAUGCCUGUUGCUCCAUUCUGUCAAGAUUGUAGAUGAAGAUGAGAUUAAGGAAAUCUUCCUAGACACCUUCACUGACGUUUCUGAUGUAUGUGCCGCCCAUUUGAAUCUCAGCUUUGUCGAGCGUGUUUGUUCUCUCAAAGGACAGGAAGUGAUGCUUCGCUGGGUCUUGUUCGCUUUGUUCUUUGGCAUCUGUGCCAGUGCUGGAAAACAGAAAGGAAAACAAGCAGCCAAAAGCAAGUCUCCUGACCUGUCGAGAGGAUGGGGUCAUAGUAUCAAGUGGGUCAAAUCUUAUUCAGAUGGCCUGGCUGAGAUGGUCCAAAGUCAGAAGCCGUUGAUGGUCAUCCAUCAUAAAGAAGACUGCCCUCACAGUCAAGCACUGAAGAAGGCGUUUGUUGCUAAUAAGUCCAUCAUGAAAAUGGCCAGAGAGGAUUUCAUCAUGCUCAACUUGGUGGGUGAGUCUGGGGACAAGAAUCUGGCCCCUGAUGGCUUCUAUGUUCCCAGGAUCCUUUUUGUCGAUCCAACCCUGAUGGUGCGCACAGACAUUCAAGGAAAGUUCAGAGACCACCUCUACACCUACGAGCCAGCUGACGUAGAAGCCUUGGCCAACAACAUGAGGAAAGCCAAAGUCCUGAUGCACCUCGACCUCUAACUGGCUCAGUCUGCCAUCUGACUUCCCUCCGUCUUCCAGUCAGGCUGGGCGUCCUGCUCAGUGUUCAACACUGAAAUGUUUACAUGUUGGUCAGACGUCAAUAAAGACAAAAUGAACAGAAAGAAA